AUGUCCUCUGGCAGUGGUUUCGUGUUGGACAAGAAGUAGAGUUUUUUUUUAGUAAGUAUCCGUUUUUCUCAUUCUCACUCUCCUUUUCAGCCGCUUUUGUUGACAUUUCUACACACACAUGCUUUUCUAUCAAGAAUGCAUUUGUUCCCACCUCGCAGACAGAACAAGUUUAUUUUUAAACACCUUGUUUAUUCAUUCACAUUCUAAUAUCACGACGGCCCUUCGAAUUAAACAGCAUGACCAAUAAAGCGGGCAAAAAGAACAAAAAGGCCUCCGGAGGAGGGGCUGGGGCGUCGAGUUCUUCCGCCAAUGGUCCGACGACGUCUUCCCGGAGCCAGAACCAGCGGCCCCCGCGGACAGUGCGGCCCAGCAAGGUCGUUCUGGAUGAUACGAAGCGGGCUCUGAUUCUGAACCUGAUCAAGAGAUGCAUGCGAGCGCGGGGCGAGCCGAUGCCCUCCGGGGAAAAACGAAAGAAGCAGAAGGGGGGGCUGCCACAGUCGCAGCCACAGGCACAGCCUAGUGCAGCCAUUGCGACCGCCUCGAGCUCCUCGAACUCGUUACUGGACAUGCUGGAGGGAGACGAUUGUAGAAACGGGCGCAUGUCGAAACAGGAAGCCAAGGCCAAGCAAAAGGAGGAGGAGCGGGCCAACCGACGGCUGAUGCGGCAGUUGUACCGAGACGCGGAAAAGUGGGCGGGGAGCCAGUUGAUCACCCGAGAACCGAUACAGCCACCCCCAGGAGCCUUGGCCGGCUUAGCUAGUACAACUACAGGGGAACGACAAGUCACAGGCAAGAACACGGCGUUGGGCUCCUCCUCUUCCACCUCAAGUAGACCAGUAGUAAACCUUGGCACAACUACCCAGAUUCUCAGUGGCACGACGGACGGGGGCGUGAUUUAUCAGCGCUUGCAAGAGGCCGUGCGGUUACGCCUGAGCUGCAGCACGGGCGACCGAACACUGAAAGCCGCGGCGGCCGUGGGAGUCAAGACCGUGGUAUGGAAGCGGUCCGACGGGGUUCAGGCGUUGGCGGAAGCAGCACGAAAAAAAUUCUCGGUUCGGGUCAAAACGUUGUUUCCGAUAUCCACUGCAAAUUGAUAUCUGCGAAGAUUGUGUAAUUAUCUUCUUCUGUGUGCUGUCUGUAUGAUCAUUGCAUCCCUUCCCUCUAAAUAUCGAUUGACUCUGCGAGGGUUGAUUUUGAUAUGGAUGCAAAGCUCCGGUCUCCUGUGUCAUCUUUCUGCAUUUUUUCAGUGAUGCGUGCUGCAAGGUUAUUUUCGUAUUUCUAUUUGUUUCUGAUUCUGUAACAGUGACUGUAAUGUGAACGAGUUGAAGUUUGGUUGCACUACUGCACACAUGAUGCUGGUUUUACCACUGCACCAUCAUUUAGACCCGGCGCCAGAUAUUUUUUGCAAAUUUGAUAUCGUUAUUUGAGCGACAACAGUGUGCUGUUGACCGACGACGGGUUAAUGCAGGUGCCCGACGAUUCUGCGAUCGUUUUUCAUUCUGUUGCCAAGACGAGUGGGCCUGGUUUGAGCGGUACGAAACCCGGGCUCACGAAGCAAGAACUGAAGGCAGGAGCGACACAGAAUAUUAAAACAGCGACCACAAGUACAAGCACUACGGCCUCGCCUCCUGGUAAAAACCACGACGUUUUUAACGCGACACCAUCUACAGCACCGCCGUCAUCGGAUCUAUCAAUUGCAAAUAUGUUGAUGUCUGGGCGGUCCGGAAAAAUGUUGCAAGAUUUCUCACUCAGGUUUUUCAUGGCCCAGAGGGUCAUCUGUUGAAUAGCGAGCUGUAGCAUCACUCACAAGUAGUAGUUUUGAGGAGGCUCCUCAACGCCUAUCCAGCGUGAGAAGUGACAUCCUCGGGCGCCCUGAAGUGGGUAGUUUUUCUCGCUGCUCACGCGAUGCGGAUUUCAGUGUCACCUAGAGGAGGACCUAGCCUGACAUAGUACACUGACUCUUCCAGGCGCAGACAUAUUUAUUUGCAUUUGAUAGGAUCUACUGGAGAACAACUCUUCAGACGAGGAGGAGGACGACGGGCCGAUAGAGACCGAAGUGGACAAGUUGCGAAAGCGGGACGAGAAGCUGCGCGCGAAUUUACGGCGCCACGGCAACUUCGAGCACGGAUUCGGCCAAGACUGGGCGCCGCACAGCGGCAACAACUACGAGGAAGGCGGUGAUGAACCAGACCUGUACAACCGAAACUACGAGAAGUUCAAGUGGAUCAACGAGGAGCUACUGUAUCGGCACGAGGAAGCCAAAAGGGUGCGCCGACGGUUCGAGGAGACGCAAACCCUCCCCGCGCAUCUGAAGAGGCAGGAGAUCAUGGCGGCCAUAAACGCGUCCGAUAGUCGUGGACUGGCAGAAGAUGUUCAUGAACAACAAUCUGCGCGCGACGGCCAAAGACAUCAAAGUUCGGCAAGUACUAGCCCGUGCUCGCGUGUUGUGCUGGUGGCGGGCGCGACGGGGAGCGGAAAGACGACCCAGGUGCCGCAAUUCGUUCUGGAGGACUUUUGCGAACAGCUGAAGGAGCAGGACGACCUGGGUUCUACCCCGCCGCUGAACGUCAUUUGCUGCCAGCCGCGGCGGAUCGCCGCGAUGGGCGUGGCCGACCGCGCGGCCGCGGAGCGGGGGGAGCAGUGCGGCGAGACCGUGGGGUACGCAGUCCGGGGCGACUCCAAGUGCCACCCGCGGAAGACCCGGGUGCUGUUCUGCACCACGGGCGUGGUGCUGCAGAAACUGACGAGCUCGCCCUUCCUGCACGACGUCUCCCACUUGAUCAUUGACGAGGUCCACGAGCGCAGUCUGCACAUCGAUUUUUUGCUCACGCUGCUGCGCAAGGUCAUCUUAGUGAAGAACAAAAAGAUCAAAGUGAUCCUCAUGUCCGCCACGGUGGACACCAAAUUGUUUGAGGACUACUUCAGUUCGUCUUUCCAGCCUCACAAUGAUUUCUCGGUACAACUGGUGAACAGCACAGGAGGCUCCUCUACUGCCCCCCUUCGGAUGACGAGCAAGAAGAUGGCCACCGUGUCGAUCGAGGGACGUACGUUUCCCGUGCAGACGAUUUGGCAGCGAGAAAUCGGUCGGGUAGCGCAGGAGUGCCGGGACUGCCAGACGAAUCCGGCGCUGUCGCGAAAUAGUCACGGAGCUGCAACAUCCGUGUUCCAGAACCCGCUUAAGCAGCCAGGUGGAACAAAUGGUAAAAAUAACUUUCAGCCCUUUCCCCGGCCGAAGCUUUCGCCCGAGGUGCAGAAGAGUGGCAAUCGGAAAGACGGCGGCGCUGUCACUGCGGAGAUGGCGGCGCAAAUCGCGGAUAUUAUCGAGGCGCUGGCUGAAAACUACAGGAAUCAGCUGGAAAACCGCAGCUUGGUGACGCGCGACCAGAUUCAGCGGCCCGGGAUUCUGAUCUUUGCGCCUGGCGCGUUCGAAAUCGACUUCUUGGUCCGAGAGCUAACCGACUGCAGGACGCUGCGACACCUGCAGAAGCCCUGCGACCGGGGCCGAACCGUGGCGCGGCUGGCCGAUGAGGUGUCCGGGACGAGGGCCGGGAGCUCCGGCAAGGUAACCCCCCACCAGCUGCAGUUAUCCAAGAAAAAAACUGUGUUUAGUGUAGGUCGUGUCUUCUACUUGGAGUGACAGCAUGACAAUAAAUUUGCUUUGCAUGAUGUUAACACAGAAAGCCUGCCAUGCAUAGUUAGUACGUGAAAAGGAAUAAAACACGUAUGAAGUAGAGCGGACAUCAUGGCUGGCCAGCAUGAAAGAAAAGUAUAACUGUGUUGUUUUUCGCAUCCUUUGCAUUAUACAUUACACAGUUUUUUUCUUGCAUAGCAGUACGGUGGGUUGCAGUUUCUUCCGUUGCACGCGCAAGUGGAACCUCGGAAGCAGAGAUACGUCUUCGACACCGCGAGCCCAAGUGACCCGCAGCCUGCCAUUCGUGUGAUAUGUGUGGAAAAGAUGUCUGUCGUGGUCUGGAUUUAUCAUGCGGCGUUUUAAGGAUAAAGAAAAAGAAGUUGUAUUGUAUGAAGAGUAUCAGGUCGCUUUUUGUUCUUUCUCUUUGUCGUCCUGGGAGGGAGUCUCUCAUGCCAUUUGCGAAUAAAUCCGCAGCAUAUUUUUAAGGUGACCAGAAAAACUAAAAAUUGUUAUGCUCUACUGCCGUGCAACGAAACAACUACGCUCUGGCAUGCAAAAAGCUGCAACACAACAAGUUCCGUGCUUUCAUCCAGAACACCAGACAUAAUAUGUUGUUGUACUGCAUAGUUGAUUGUCGCGACGAACAUUGCGGAGACGAGCAUCACGGUGGCGGACGUAACGGACGUGAUUGACACCGGCAUGCUGAACGAGGCCCGGUACGAGCACGCGAAGCAGAUGAAGUCGCUGACCUGCGUGUACGUGUCCCAGGCCAUGGCCAAGCAGCGCGGCGGGCGCGCCGGGCGCGUGUGUCCCGGGCGGAACUGGCGGCUGUACGACGAAAAGUUCCACGACGAGAAGCUGCCCCCGCACUCGUUGCCGGAGAUGCAGCGCACACAGCUCGAGGACUUGGUGCUGCACCUGGCGCAGUUGCUGCCGCCGCUGGGAUCAAGUACUAGUCCAAGAACUUCUACUGGCGCAAUAAAAACAUCAAAUUCUGCACCAGGACGAGCUCCUCAGGCUGCUGCUGCGGCCCGGGGGCAUCAGCUGCACAACGAAGAGGAUUCACGACGAGCAGAGGAGCGGUUUGUCAGCCAGGAAUACGAUUUCACGGUCGAUGACAUUCCGAGCUUUCUUCAAAACGCGCCGGAGCCGCCCGAGCAUGAGGCCGUGCAGGCGGCGCAGAGUCGACUCAUUCAGCUUGGCGCCCUCGACGUGAUCGAAAACGACAGAAAAGAAAUCGUUCCAAAAAUAAAUGUUGACAGGAGUGAUGUUUUGAAAACCUCCUACGGGACAUCAAAGAACGACAAGGGCAAGCCAACAGGAGCUGCACCGCCAUCAACAAGCAGCCCCACGACCGGGGGCGUACUAGCCGCCCCGGACUUACUCUUUUUGUCCCCGCUGGGGUUCCACCUGCAGGAUCUGCCUUUGGAGCCGCAAAUCGGGAAGUUGCUGCUGAUGGCUUGCAUUUUGGGUGCAUCGAGCAACGGGCUCACCUUAGCUGCGAGUUUGAGUCUCGGGAAGACCCCGUUUCGCAAGUUGUGGAUGCCGCAGGAAAAAAACAUCGAGGACCUCCAGGGCCAGUUGUUCGGGUUCCGAAAGACCGGAGAAAACUCCGACCACCUGGCGCUGUGUCGGGCGUACGACGAAUGGGUGGAAAGGUACGAGGAGCACGGGUAUUCGGAGGCUGCUAUAUCAAAAUGGAAAAAUAAACUGAAACCCCUUCACUUUUCGAAAGAAAACAAAGGUUCUGGUGAUGGUGAUGCUGGAGUUCUUGCGUAAGUUCUACACAGAUCAGUUUUAUUGUUGUCUUGCAGUGUUGAGGGGCUGCAGCUAGAACAAGAUGCCCAGCAUGCUAGCCUAGUAGGGCCCGUUGAGUGUAGUCGUAGCUGUUCUUUACGACGUCUUUGCUGUAGCCCCAACGCGUAGCAUGAGAAAUCGCCUGCGUAAGGCGUUGGGUGGGAGACUUGUGGGAUUUUUGCUAUCGCUUCCCUGAAAAAAACCGAGUCGAUCUCUGUCUGCGCCCACAGAGGAGCGCCACAGGUAUAUCUCUUGAGUACUUACCAUGUCUACUCUAUGGGGAGGGGGGAUCAGGAUCAUUUUUGCUCAGGAUGCGGUAACUUUUGUCACCACUACGGACUGAACCCGAACGUGUUAAAUGACAUCUGGAAUCUGCGGAACACCUUAACCGGAAAAUUGAAGGACAUCGGGUUCAGCGACACCCUUCCCGACGCACGGCGCCUGGAAAACCGUGGGUCCGCGCCGAAACAGAUUGCGCAGGCGGGAAAGGAAGCGGAGUUUGCCAGCUUGAUGACGCUGUGUGCGGUGACGGCGGCGUUCUUUCCGCAGGUGGCCCAAGUGCAGCGCGACUCCAAGUUUGGCGGGGCCAGGCGCGGCGGGAAGAGCAGUCACAUGCGGACGGAAAUGGCCAUCGUUCCGAUCGAACUCGUGGAGCAGCAGAAAUUGGGUCAUCAUGCAGCAGGUGGAGUUCAUCCAUUAAAUAGCAAAAACAUCAUCAAUGCAGGGGAUCAACAAGAGCAGCAGAACAAGAACAACACCAAUGCCUGUACCGCAACCAUUCACCCAUCGUCUUUCAACCGGCAGGCUGACCGGCUGGACGCGAACCAUAGUUGGCUGCUGUACUACAAAAUGAUGCACACCUCGAAGCUGUACCUUUUCGACACGAGCUGCGUCACGUCCACGAUACUGCUGCUCUUCGGCAGCGCGAAACUGCGCGCCACCGUGAAGAGGGAGAAAGAACCGGUCAGGCUGACGUCCCUUACCGCUGGUGGAGGUGCAGCUGUACCUCCAGGUUCUUCCACCGUCUUGAGUGCAACGACGUCGAGAACAAGCAGCAAAAAGAGAAAGAACGACACCAUUAUGACCUAUCUGGGGAACAGUUUGGUUCUUGGGCAACACUGUCUUUGCAAAUUUGACUGCUCGGACCCCGAAACGGUUUUGCUGAUACGCUUUUUGCGGAAGGAGAUCGAGGAACUGUUGAUCAAGCGGGUCGAUGCCUCGCACGACAAGCGGGCAAAUGAGAUGAACUAUGUACAGUCCUACGAUAACUCAAAUAAAAAGCGGGAGCUGGCAAAUUUGGAGGAUAUGGUGCAGCACGGAAUCUACGAACUCAUACACGGCGCCAUCGAUGACAACGACGAGACCGAUGAGGACGAUGCGGAAAGCGAUAACGCGUGAAGAUCGUCGCUUUAACCAUUUUGCAGACUGGCCCCGGCGGCGCUGAUUGCAGUAAGUACUUAGGUUGUUGUAGCAAGUAAUGUGUUCUUACGUGACUUCUACGUAUGAUGCGGCACUUCGCAGAUGACCAAAAAGUAAAAGUUCGCGGCACUAUGUUCAUGGUGGCGGCACGCACUUGUUAAAAGUUCGCUUUUGCUGGUGGUGCUUUGAUGUAGUAAACGAUUCUUGACAGGGGGCGGAAACAGGAGUCAGUGUCUGUAUGAGCAGAAGGAAUAAUUUCGAAACUACAUUCGAAAUCUCAUACAAUCACCGGCACAGAAAUUAUUCAAAAAACAACGGAG